GCAUGUCGCUCCUGUCAGUGUGCAGAUAGCAGCGCUCGGUGUUUGUUUUCCCGCUGCCGGCUGGCAGAGCUGCGAGCUCCGGAGACGGAAGCCCAUCGGUUGCAGGAACACCAUGACCUCCUGGAACACCAUGAAAACGCGGAUAACCGCAUCGGUGCGCACCACCAACCGGAUGAACGCCCUGCUCUCGGAGUCGAUGCUGAGCAGGAGGCGAGCGGCCCAAAAUCCGGAAGGGGAGGCGACCGGCGCAGAGGCCGGGGAGCCACGGAAGGAGAAGCCCAAGAACGACUGGAAGUUCUUUCACACCAACUUCAAUAUGGAACGUGCCCAGAAGAUCAUCGAAGAUUGCAUCGAGGAGCGGCUGCUGUGGGACCGCUUCAGCCGCAAUUACGACUCUUGGCGGGCUCUGCAGCUGGCCGAAGGUCUGGCGGCCGAGAUACGCGACCGGGUCAAGAAGCUGAACCACAGGCGAUACCCUUGGAUCGCAUCCGCAGCCACCGCAUCGUCUGUCUGCUGUCGAUCGUGGAGAAGCAGAACCAGGGCGUCUACCAGCGCAUGUGCCACCUGAUGGACGAGAAGCGGGACAACUUCACCCAGCUGGUCUUUGAGCGGCCCACGUACUUCAUGAUCGUUGUGCUGUAUCUGGUCUAUAAGGAUUAGUCGCGAAGUGGAUGUGAGCUUCAUUGUCUGUAGUUGCUUGUUAAUUACGUUUAGGUUAAGCAAAGUGUUGACUUAAAAUAACUUAUUAGGUAUUCGAAAUAAUUAGAAAAAUAAUUGGAAGAAAAAAAGUGAACAGAACGCUGUUCUCUUCUGUAGGCCCCGGCGAGAUUCGAACUCACGAUCUCCUGUUUACUAGACAGGCGCUUUAACCAACUAAGCCACGGCGCCGUUGUGACAACCGCCGUGGAACUUCUCAAUUUAAGAAAAAAUAACUAUCCAUUUCGAAUUCUUUUUUGGAAAAUGUAAUUUAGAAAUUGUUAUUUGUUCAGUUGUUUCAAAUCUAAGAUAAAUGGUGGUAUGUCAGAGAUAGGGUCUGUUCUAUUUAGAUUGCGCAGCCUACGAAAACGCGUUUCGGAAAGCUUCAGAUUAGGAAGUUCUAUUUUACGGUAAGGAAGGAGCUUUUAAGUUGCACGUUUACGUUUACUUUUAAACUGUUAUACUGGAAGUACUUAACUAUUAUACUGUCAACUGUUAUAAAAGAGUAGACAGAAACCAUUAAAUAGGUUAUUAAUUCUAAUUGGAAGAUUUUUCAUCUUACAUAGUCUAUACAUACGAAAUAUCUGAUAUGAAUUGGAAUUAGCUUUCUUUUAAAAAAAUAAUAAUGAUAAUUUCUUA